UCUCUCUCUCUCUCUCUCUCUCUCUCUCUCUCUUGGUCAUUGGUUAUUCUUCCUCUCUUGGUGGUAUUUUUCUCCAAACAUUUUGGCUCGGAUUAUCAGGUACUUCUGCGAAUUCUUCCAAACCCUAAUUUUGAUUUCCAUUUCAUUGCCCCAAUUAGCUGAGGCUUUCUGUCAUCUAGAGUCUACAAGACCACAAAUGGGGUAUUCCCAUACUUGGAUUGAUAUUAUUGGAAGGAUUUGUUAUAUUGGCUAAUAUAUCGAAAUUCUCGAUAGAAGAUGGUUGUUUCCUUUCGAUAAUUGAUAUGAUUUAGUUGAGCUAUUGUUUCUUAUUAGCCAAUUCUGAAGUUAUAGGGGAUACUGGAAAUUAUUGUUCUCAUCAAAAGGUUGUUGAAAUAUUGGUUUAGAUUGCUCAUUUUCGAAGUUACAGGGUACAAAAAGGUGGAGAAUAGUUAAUUUUGUAAUCUGAGACUAAUGGGUUCGGUUCCAUAUCUGGUUUUCUAUUGUUGUAUAUCAAAAGGAAAUAAGGUUGUUGCAGAGUUUAGUUCUGGGGACAAACAAAUAGAGAACCAGGCAGCUCUAUGCUUAGAAAAGGUGCCACCUUAUCAUAUCUGGUAUUUCCAUACCAUUGGUAGAAGAAUUUAUGGUUUCUUAAUGGAGGAUGGGUUUGUUUAUUUUGCGAUUACAGAUGAAUCAGUCGGUAAAUCUAGGGUUCUAGAGCUCCUAGAACAGGUGAGAUACGAGUUCAAGAAAAUUUCGAAGAAUGGAGUGAUGGGUGUUUUGGGUUUGAGCCCUUCUUAUCAUGAACAAAUGGGUCCUACUUUACGACACCUGGUUUCUUCCAUAGAGGCCUUGCCUCAAGUAGAGGCGGCUGCUUCUGUUGUUCUGCAUGUGGCAAACCAGGAUUCUCAAACAUCAACUAAGGAUCCAUUAUUGGGAAGUUCUAACAGGUCUGAUAAGAAGAUGAAAUUAAAGGAGAGGAAUGACACUGGGGGUGAGAAUCAUGUGAAAUCUGUCGAAAAUAGGGGAAUUAAGCUCGAUGUAGAUUGUGAUUCUGAUCAAUGUAGGUUACCUGCUAUGUCUUUGCAGAAGAGCGCGAGUAUGAGGAUGAGAGAGGCUCGAAGAAAUUGGCGGCGCAACGUGUGCAUUGUUUUGGUUUUAGAUCUUAUCCUGUGCAUUGUUUUGUUUGGCAUUUGGCUUGGGGUUUGUAAGGGGUUAAGUUGCCUUUCUCACUGAUGGUGGCCAUCACUUGAUUGAAAGUGCAAUCUUUUGUGUGAUUAAGCACCUUAGGAAAUCCUCUGCACCUGAUCCAUUGAGACUAACGGUUGCAAUAUUGACAUUGGUUUUGGAAAAAGGAAAGGAAGAGAAAAGAAAUAAUUGUUAGGCUUUGGGACACAAAGCUCUUUCUGAAUUUUCCAUUGGUUUCAAAACUGGAUUCUGUGAAGAUAAUGGUGUGAUGUCUUUCAAGGGUUCCAUUGUUGGAUUCCUGCGACUUGGUGUAUAUAGUUGCUAUUGGGGGUUCUUGGAUCUCAUAUGUUUUUCACUUUCGAAUAGUUACAUCGGCUUGCAGUGCUGGGGUGCAUGGUUUGACAAGAAAGAUACGAGGCCUUACCCCAAAUGCUGUGAAUUCGGCUGGCAUCUCUCAAGGGUUGUUGGUAGAAUCUGGCUCAACCAAUGGGUGAAUUCGGCUGGCAUCUCUCAUAGGUUUUUGGUAGAAUCUGGCUCAACCAUGGAAUUGAUAUAUCUUUGUAUCAUGACCGUGCUUUCAGUUUGUGUAUGAGAAUUUCAACACGUGAUUUUAUCAAGUUCUUUUGCAUUGUGUUUUUCA